AUGGACCCUCGAAUCCGGAUCUCGAAUGUUGCAGACUUUUGUAGCCGCAAGUAUGACUAUCUUGUCAUUGGUGGUGGAACUGCUGGUCUCGUCGUCGCCGCCCGGCUCUCCGAGAACCCCGCUCUAAAUGUUGGUGUACUCGAAGCUGGUCCAGCGGUACUUGGGAUUGAUUCCAUCGACAUUCCUGGACUCUACGGCCAGACUUUGGGCUCAGAUUAUGAUUGGAAAUUUGAAACAACCCCGCAGCGAGGUCUUGGCGGACGCAUAUUGGACUGGCCGAGAGGGAAGAUACUGGGUGGAACAAGCGCGCUGAACUUUAUGACUUGGAAUCGUGCAGCUCGUGAAGACUAUGAUUCUUGGAGAGAUCUCGGCAACGAGGGCUGGGGCUGGGAUGAUCUCUUGCCAUAUUUCAAGAAAUCUGAAUCUUUCCAUUCACCUGCAGCCUGCAAUCAAAAGACCAACUCUUUGUACUAUGACGAGAAUGCAUUGGGAAAGUCGGGCCCAGUACAGAUAGGGUAUGCCCCCGAAUACUCUGCAUCGCAUGCGCUAUGGCAUGAUACGAUGAACACUCUUGGGAUUCAUACCAAUAAAGCACAUCUUUCUGGAUCGAAUAUAGGGGCGUGGACCAAUCUUGGAUCCGUUGAUCCUACCACAGGUCGCAGGUCAUAUUCAACAACUGCCUACUACCUGCCGAACGCAUCGCGACCCAACCUCGAAAUCCUGACCGAGGCUCAAGUGACGCGAAUCAUUCUGGAGGGAAAAGAUGAAGACGUGACAGCCAAGGGCGUACAGUUCCAGCAUAAUGGCAUUUCCCUGUCUCUAUGUGCUUCUCGCGAAAUAAUUCUCUGCGCUGGAAGUGUCCAAUCACCUCAGCUAUUGGAAGUAUCUGGAAUUGGGAACCCAGAUGUUCUCACCCAGGCAGGAAUUCCUGUCGUUGUUGACAAUAUAAACGUGGGAGAAAACCUCCAAGACCACAUUAUGGCGGCCAUGAUCUUUGAAGUAGACUCAUGCCUUUCAACGCCCGACGACCUCAAGAAAGACGAGGAUGUAGCAGCCUCGGCGCUUCAACAAUACAAGGUUGAUGGUUCUGGGCCCUUGUCCAUCUUGGCAAAUUCGAUUUGCUAUCUCCCAUUCUCUCAAAUUGUUCCUUCAGAGCAGCUACAAAAUCUGUCAUCCGUUGCCACCUCGGUGAUUGACAACCUUGGCCAAGAACAUGUCACUCGCCAGAAUUAUUUGAAACCUACCUCAUCCGUCGAGAUUGGUCAAAUUGAGUACAUCUUCGACUUGGGAAACUGGAAUCCUUGCUUCCAGCCAGGGGCCUUGGAUGACAAGAAAUACGCAACCUGUCUCAUUAUUCUGCAACAUCCAUUCUCCAAGGGUUCCAUCCACAUCACCUCUGGCUGCUUUGAUCACAAGCCCUUGAUAGAUCCACAGUAUUACGCUGGCAACCACGGACAGAUCGAUCUCUCCUUGAUGAUCCAUGCCGCACGCUUUGCAGCAUACCGCUUGUCACAAACUUUGCCUCUUGGCAGCAUUAUUCGAGGGCGUGCUUUCCCUCCCCCACUCUCGCAGGGCCACGAAGAUGAGUCUUUUUGGAAAGAUUGGCUGACCAGCACAACAAUCACCGACUGGCAUCCCGUCGGGACUUGCGCCAUGGGUGGACGGCAGGGUGCAAAAACUGGAGUUGUCGAUGCGAGACUUCGGGUCUAUGGGGUCAAGAAACUCCGGGUGGUCGAUGCCAGUGUGAUGCCUUUGCAAAUCAGUGCACACCUUCAGGCAACUGUAUAUGCCAUUGGAGAAAAGGGGGCUGCAAUGAUCCUUGAGGAUGCGAUCUUGAAUCAGUAA